CCUAACACCCUCAUUUAUAGAACAGCAAUGUCUUUCCGGGACUUUGUAACGCUUGGGUUAUUCAUCAUCGAUGAGUUCAAGUUCUUGGACGAGAAUGGCGAGCCAACAGGACGAAAAGCUUCACCAUCCAUUGGUGGUGGAGGCACAUUUGCAGCUGUCGGCGCCCGUAUAUGGUUACCUGCCGACCAAGUCGGCGGAAUAGUAGACAAGGGUCAUGAUUUCCCCUCAGACGUAGACGCGCAACUCAAAACCUAUGGAGAAGAUAUGUGGCUCUUCAGGGAGAAUCUUGACAGACAGACGACGAGGGAGUUGAGCAUUUACAGAGGAGAACAUAGAGGCUACGAAUAUCUUUCCGGACCACGAAUACAGCUAAGUCCACGAGAUCUCAUCGGGACAAGGAUGGAACGCCCCAAAGCCUUGCACUUCUGCUGUUCGCCCGCACGAGCGAAGGACAUCACGAGUCAGAUCAAACUAGUCGAGGACUGGCACCCUACGACGAUUUGGGAGCCUUUGCCCAAUUUCUGUAUACCAGAAUAUUUGCCUGCUCUCACCGAGGUAUUACCUGCGAUCUCCAUCCUCAGCCCAAACGCCGAAGAGAGCUUCGAACUCCUCUCUCUACCAUCCACUGUAUCCAAAUCCACCGUUGAGCACGCCGCUACCAAGCUCCUCGACCUCGGUGUCGGCGCCGACGGGACUGGCUGGGUGAUCAUACGUUCCGGAGGCUUGGGUGCGUAUGUGGCGUCUAGGGGGCGUAAGGGAGAGUGGAUUGAAGCAUUUUGGAAGGAUCAGAGCAAGGUGGUGGAUGUGACAGGAGCGGGUAACAGUUUCCUCGGAGGGCUUGGUGCAGGGUUGGCAUUGACGGGUGGGGAUGUUGUUCAAGCGACAUUCCACGCCACGAUAUCAGCCGCAUUCACCAUCGAGCAACAAGGCCUUCCCCGCCUGACCUCUUCACCCUCAUCCUCGUUCUCAGAAGAAUCUUGGAACGACGACACUCCACGAAGGAGGCUCGAGGACCUCCGGGCGCACCAUCCUCAUCUGCUCUCACACUCGAACUGAGACCGAGCUACAGAAAGCUCGUGUACAACACUCAAGAGGCACACGUAGAAUAAUGAUAACACGAAUAAUAAGCAAGAGGAGACAGGUAUUACAAACGUACUGAAAGUGCAGGGGGCCAUCUGGGCGGCUUGUCGGACGUAUGCGGAAUAGUGAUACAGUAGGGUUUCAAUCGCCGUGUGUAAGGCCAGCGGCGCAGCCUGAGGUUAUGGAAUGGUCCAAUGCGAAUGUCAUGAGCGGAGUGGAAGGUCAUUCGUCUAUUCAUCAUUGCUGCGUUGACUGGAAGCGAGCACGACUUUGUGCGAAGAGGGCCUCUUGUUGAGCUAGUAGCUCUUCCUCUGUAAGCCCCGACUGCUCGAACUUCGAGACCUUCUUUUCCCGGUCCUUUUGCAGUUGUUUGUGGUCUUUCAGCACAUCCUCCACCUCGUCCUUGAACUUGUCGAACCCCAGCCGCUUGAGCGCGCCGAUGAUGUGUUCUGGUGCGAUCGUUUUCUUCGACUCUUGUUCGCAGAUCUCGUUUGCCUCGGAAGAGAUCAAGUGAAUGAACUCUACACAACACUCGAUGACCAGAUCACGCGUGUCCUUCGCGCAUGUCACAUCAUUUGGCAAGAGUUCUGCAAUCAUCUUCGCGACAGUUGCCUUUGGUAGGGAUAAAUCAUCGUCUGGCGGUGGACCGGAGUGCCCUUCGCGGUCGGACAUGGCUCAACAACAAGAAAAGUAUAGAUAUAUAUGAUAGGACAAGGCUACUGUGCCGCGCGG